AAGUCACAGUUUACAAAAACUAACGAAAUAAAAAAUUUUACGGACAUAUAUAGAUAUUAAAUUAUAAAACGUUUUUCCGUUUCUGCGAAUCUCUACAAUAAUCAUUGGCAUUAUAUCAUCUGCUGUGGCUUUUUAUAUCCUAUUUAAUUGUUUCGGAAGUUCACACUGUGGUGGUCAGCAGCUGGUAAAGACACCAAUAUAUACGCUAGAAAUUGGUGCCCUUAUCUAUAUAAUAGCUUCAUCGAUACUUAUAACUGGAGUUUGGCUAAACCGUCGCUGGUCCAUAAUUCCCUGGCUGGUGUGUCUUCCCUAUGGAAUAUUGGGAUAUAGCGUAGCUGUUGAACCCUUUUCAGAAUCUAGUAGGGAUUGUUUAAUUGCCUCUGUCAUUCUUAACUUAAGCUUUGUUGGCAUUUCAUUGCUAUAUUUCCGAUCUGUGGAACCUCUUCGAAGAUAUUCUGGGGAAAGCGCUAACUAGGCCAUAUUUCAAGCAUUAUGGGAAAAGUGGAAAUUAUUGUUAAAUUUAUAUGCAUAUUUAUUGGCAUUCUAUCAUCAGUUAUGGGUAUCGAAUGCUUCUAUGCAAAUCUUUUGCUGGCACAAAAAGCAAACGCGGAUCUUUUGUUGGCUUACUCCUUUAUGGUAUUGUCCACUUUUUAUACAAUUUUCAGCCUUUUGCUUGUCAGGGGAACUUUGAAGAGAAGCGGCUAUCACUUAAUACCCUGGAUAGUCUUUGUACCAGCGGGCGCUAUAAGUUACGCACAAUUUUUCGCUACACUCAUCAGUAGCAAAACAGGUGUACUUAUAGGUCUAGUUCUGUGCAUUGUCAAUUGGACCAUUGUGCUCCAAUUGUUUUUGAGUUAUAAAAAUUGGUUGCCCCUCGAUGCCAAGGAGCAUGAAGAUAGUAAUGAAAUACAAGCAGCUGUCUGACCUGACCUAAGAAUAUGCCGAGCAAAAUAAAAUGAAUAAAACUGGCGCAUUACAAUGUGGAAAAACACACAUAUUUACUCUUUGCCUCUCUUUCUCUUUCUUGGCAGGAAAAUUCACCUUUAUCAUUGAGAGAGACUCCACCAGAAAGUCGUUUCAACCGAAAGACUUUAGGUUUCAGUCGAGAAUCUGAAGCUGAACGACUAACACCUAUAGCGUAGAGCCAUAGAGCUGUAACCAAAAGUCCUUUGUGUGUGUCGAACAAAAAAAAAAGAAUAAAAGAAAAUUUUGUAAUAAGAAAAAGUCUGCUCUCUGCUUCUCCAACACUUAUUUUGUUGAGAAAAAAAAUUAAAUAAAAAGAAAGCUUCUAAAAGAAACCAAGAUUACUGCAACUCGUUUAUAAUUUCAUCAGCUUCAGCAAAAGUUUGUUUUAAUAUCGAUUUGUCCGAAUCAUCAAAAUCAAAUAAGAGGAAGAGCCAAAGAGGAAAUAGGAAACAGUUUUCGACACAAGAUGCUCUCACAAGCCCCACAAGUUCCUUGCGAAGCCUUAAGCAAUCCCAAAACUAACUAGAAAUAAAUAAAAAAACAAAAUACAAAAAUCACAAUUCAGUGCCAAAAGGAAAUAAGACAAAUAGAACGAAAAAGAGGACCAGGACUAGGACCACAACGAGCACAAAAGUUAGCUCAAAUUAAGCAUAUUCAAAACAAAAUUGGGCCAUCGAGGGGAGGUCCGCAGAAGAAGAAGAAGAAGCAGCUCCAGCUACAGCUCUCAGCUAUACUUUGUCUUUGUGCAGUGAAGUCAACCAGCCGAGUUAACCCAAUGCAUUUGGGUGCACAACAACAAUUACGCCCCAAGCAACAACAACAACAACGCGAGCAACAAGAGAAACAUCAAAGACGUUUCACAUUUAGUAAAGGACGACGACCAUGUCAUCCUUACAGCGUGACUGGCAUUUACAGGGUUCACGGGGAUCGGUUUACUGCGCGAGUGAACCGGACCCAACUGGUGGAGUCCAGUACGAGUCGGGAGGGCUCAUUCUCGACAAUCGUCUGCCCAGCGGCUCAGCCGUUGGCUCAGUUGGACCACACGAUGGCAGUGGAGCUGGAGCUGGAUCCCUAUUUUCGAUUGUCUCGGCACCACCAGCAGCUCCAUUGCCGACACCUGCGCCGCCGUCAGUUGUUGAGCCCCUGGCCGAGUUGGAUGUCAAGCAAAUGGAAUCAUUGUAUCUGCCAUCGCCAUCACCGUCGCCCAUGCGACGACCCGUCACUCUCACCCUGGAUGCACCCUGUUGCCCGCGCACUCUACACUCCAGCCUGCUUGAACAUCAGAUCUCUGAGAUGGAGGAGGAUGACAAUGAGAACCUGUUAACCGUAUCGAGCAUUACGGCUAGACCGUUGAUAGCAAAAUCUCAUGAAUUGCGCAGUAAUCGCAAAUCCUUGGGCGGCAGUACGGCGCAAAGUAAAUGCAUUCGUCGGAGCAAGGAGCGUGAAAAGUCGGCCACACAGCAGAAACGCCUGAAACAACCUUCGAAGGAUCGAGAUUCGUCGACAACAACCACCACAGAGGCGACCAUCGAUCCACCAGAUGGUGGCUAUGGUUGGUUCAUUGUGUUCGGAGCAUUCUCCGUGCAGUUUUGGGUGGCCGGCUUAGUGAAAUCCUAUGGUGUACUUUAUGUAGAGAUAAUGGAAACAUUUCCCAGCUCUACGGCCACUGUGGCCUCUUGGAUACCCGCCAUAUUGUCGGCCCUAUGCUUGGUCUUGGCCCCCCUAUCGAGUGCCCUGUGCCAGCGUUUCUCCUGUCGCUCUGUGGUCUUUGUUGGCGGCAUCUUUUGUGCCAUGGGCAUGAUAUUGAGUUACUUUGCCACCAGUUUGCUUCAUCUACUCUUCACAUUUGGCAUACUAACAGGUAUUGGUGGAGGCUUAUCUACCACACCCGGCAUUGUGAUUGUCUCGCAGUACUUUGAUAAGCAUCGGGCAUUGGCCAAUGGCAUUUGUGUGUCGGGCACAGCUGCUGGUAGUUUCAUUUUACCUGUGCUGAUUAAACAUUUGGUGGAAUAUUGUGGUUUCCAUGGCACUAUACUCAUAUUGGGAGGUUGCAUGUUGCAUGUUUGUGUCUCGGCUACACUCUAUAGACCCAUCAGUGCCUAUGCAGAGCAACAGCAUAAUGGACAUGAUGAUGAGGAGGAGCAUGAAGAGAUAGCCAGUCGCAAGCCUUUAAGCGAGGAGAUUAAUCCCAGUGCCACGGGCAUGUUGACCACUUCCACCUAUCUUGGAGACACAUGCGAUGUGGUGGUAUCUAAUAAUGAGUUGAAUGACAAGUUCAUAGAGCAUCUGUUUCUCGAAGAAUCCAAGAAUCAUAUAAACUACAUGGCCAGCCAACAACCAGACAAAUCAGCUCAGGAGAGCGAUGAUGAAGUCAAGGAUAUCAUUGGCGAGACCACAUUCAUCAAGCCCAUGAAAAAGGUACGUAGUUCGGGUCUCUUGCAUUCUGUGGAGGAUCUUAGCACGGAUUCAACUUGGGUUUAUCGCAAACACUCAUCGGGCACGGACUCGAAUCGUGGCAGUCGUCGCCGUCGUAAUGUUUUUGCCAACGAUGAGGUCAUCUCAAAGAUACAAACUCAUCUGGAGAAAGAGAAGCCAUUGUCGCCACCAUCAUCACAACCACCGCCAGUUAGUCGUGGCCUCAGCAAGAGCAUGGAGAUCCCCACCCCAGUGAGUAAUCUUAGUGAACUCAAGCAGAUGGAUAGCGGUAUGCUGAGUUCCCAAUUGGUGUCGACGGGUUAUCACAUGGAUGACGAUGACGACGACGAUGAAGAUGGAGCCGAGGAUGGAGACAAGAUGCCACGCACUUGUUGUGAACGUAUUGAAAUGUAUUUGGAUAUUAGCUUACUGCAAGAACCAAGUUUCAUUUUGAUGUGUCUAUCGGUCACUCUGAUGUCUGUGGGCUGCCCUUACAUGUUGUACUAUUUGCCAGCUCAUGUCAUUUCCAUAGGUUACAAUAAGAGCGAGGCGGGAUAUUUGGUGGCUGUAAGCGCCGUUUUAGAUCUUUGUGGACGUCUGGGUCUGGGUUGGCUAUCCGAUUUGCAGCUUUUUGAUCGCAAAAAGACCUACACUCUAUGCAUCUUGGGAGCCGGUCUAGCUGUGCUUACCAUACCCUUUGCCAAGACUCUUAUUUUGGUGGGUCUAUCGGCAGCUAUCUAUGGUCUUUGUCUGGGUAGCUGGUAUGUCUUGAUGCCAGUCCUACUGGCCGAUGUCUUUGGCACUGAUCGCAUUAGUUCGAGUUAUGGUUUGGUACGAAUGUUUCAAAGUAUUGGAGCCAUCUCAGUGCCUCCAUUGGCUGGACUGUUGAGGGAUUUGUCGGGCGAUUAUGAGAUCUGUUUCUAUUGCAUGGGCUCCUGCAUGGUUCUUGGCUGUACUCCUUUGAUUGUUUGGUCUAUUCUCGAGGCACGCAAUCAUCGUCUCUUUGUUCAGCGGGAUGAGGAUGAAGAUGAUGACGAGGACGACGACGAUGAUGACAAUAUGGGAGUGGCCUAAAAUGUUACAAUUUAUUACACGAAAAUUACUUAUGUUUUCAAUAGUUCCUGAGUUAAUAACGAAUAUUAUUUUCGAAUGCCUCACCGAAUAACUCGCUAUAUAUCAACUAAUCAACUAUCCAACAACAGCUUUCUUUUUCCUCUCAUAUCUCAUACAAUAUACUAUAUAUAUUUAUAUAUGAAUGAAUAUCUGCCUAUAAAACAAAA